GUUCACCAAAAGGAUUAUGGGAUACUAGAUGUCAGCUGAAUGGUUCUACAGGGUCACCAAAGCCUAUGGUGCUCUUCGAAUCCUUGGAUUUGUCGAGGAACGACCUACAGGACAUACCCACAGACUUUCUGGUGAAUCAAACUCAUUUAGUGAACCUGUCGUUAGCUUACAAUCAGAUAUCCGUUAUCAAAGAUGGUGCUUUUGGAAGGUUAUUCAAUGUAACUUUUCU